CUUUUAAGACAAAUGAAGAAAAUACUUCCCAUGAAGAGUAAAAGUACUUGAUUCUGGGAAAAUUCUGAAAGCACUUCUGACUUCAAAGCUGGAGAAAAGUAUGAAGAAACAAUCCGUCUGACUCCUUCAGCAUCUCACACAGAACACAAAAUGGCUCUUCAGAAAAAAACUGUUGCUGGUGUCUUGGAGGAGUGGUGUUUGGAGGAACCACUGUUUUGUUGCAGACAGCACCAGAAUGUUAGGAAAAAACUGAGACUGAUACGAAUUAUAGGGCUUCUUGUCAGUGUAGUGGCCAUUAGUACUUUCUCUCUUUCAACUAGUGCCUUUUUCAAGAUGGAACCACGUAGCAUGGUGUUGACCAGCAGCCUGGAUAGCCAAAAGCUGGUACACGGGCACCAAAGAACUCUGUUGGAUUUCACAGAACAGAAUGAAAAUGGCACUCCAGACCCACAUGCUUCUAUGAAAUACGAAGCUGAGCACGACAAUGCAACAGAUGAUCAUGCCAAGGGAGAGUACCCUGAGGACCUUUUCUCUCUUGAGGAGAGAAGAAAGGGAGCAGUGAUCCUCCAUGUAAUUGGAAUGAUUUACAUGUUUAUAGCCUUAGCCAUAGUCUGUGAUGAGUUCUUUGUUCCUUCCUUGACUGUCAUCACUGAAAAACUGGCCAUAUCUGAUGAUGUGGCAGGAGCAACCUUCAUGGCUGCUGGUGGCUCAGCCCCAGAACUCUUCACUUCUUUAAUAGGAGUGUUUAUAUCCCACAGCAACGUUGGCAUUGGUACAAUAGUGGGAUCUGCUGUAUUCAAUAUCCUGUUUGUUAUUGGAAUGUGUGCUUUAUUUUCUAAAGAGAUCUUGAACCUUACUUGGUGGCCACUCUUUCGAGAUGUGUCCUUUUACAUCAUUGACUUGAUCUUGCUAAUCAUCUUUUUUCUGGAUAACUUGAUCAUGUGGUGGGAAAGCUUAACACUCCUGACAGCAUAUUUUUGCUAUGUGACUUUCAUGAAGUUCAAUGUUCAAGUAGAAGAAUGGGUGAAGAAAUUUUUAAACAGGAACAAGGUUGAGAAGGUAACAGCAGCAGAUGCUGAAGGAAAGUCACCUAAUUGUGGCAACAAGGAUGACCAAACACUGACGACCAAGCCACGGCUCCAGCGGGGAGGAAGCUCUGCUUCUCUCCACAACAGUCUAAUGAGGAACAGCAUCUUCCAGCUCAUGAUUCACACACUUGACCCACUUGCUGAAG